AAAAUCCCCUCUCUUGUCUCGUCCUUGGAGGCUACGAAAAGCCCUAGCUCCUUCAAAACCACAACCUUUCUUGAUUCGAACGGCAUGGAUCCGCAGCCGGAACCCGUUACAUACAUCUGUGGAGAUUGUGGUCAUGAGAACACGUUGAAGCAUGGGGACGUGAUCCAAUGCAGGGAGUGUGGGUAUCGCAUUCUGUACAAGAAGCGUACUCGUAGAAUUGUCCAAUACGAAGCCCGCUGAGUUACAACCACUCCGAGAUUCACUCCGCCUCUCUGUGUUAUAUAUCAACUAGAAAGUCAAAUUCCCGAACUUCGUUGCUAUAUGCUCGGUGUCUGGUUUGAUCGCCGUGAUCGGGACUGGAACAUAUCUGUGUUCUGCCUUCAAGAACAGUCAUCUCUCUCUUUCACUGUUUACUCUUUUGUUAUAAAACCCUAUUUAGAUCUUUUUCCCGAGAAAAACUGUCAACAGCGUGUUGCAUGAGCUCUUAUUACCAUUGUAAAUAAGCGUGGAGCCAUUUCGUACACGUUGGUUCGAUCAAUCUUCUUCGCUUGGCUUCGCUUCUGUCCUUGGAGAGGAAACGUGUGUGUAUAUGUGUGUGUGUGUGUGUUUCGGUGAUUGAGAGUUUGUGAUUAUUUUUUUUCUAUGUAACGUUUUAGAAGCAAAUUGAAUGUAGAAAAAUGGUGGUUGGUCAA